GUUCCCUUCUUCACCGAGCACGACGGCUCCCCCAUCAUCGAGGAUACCAGAAAGAGCCCCCCGCUCAGUACCAAGUCUUCUCCUUCUUCCGCUUCUGACAAGCCCUUCGCCACGCCCAACGGGGAUAAUGCACUGCCCAAAUACCUCACCUUGACUCAUGAUCUUCGUCAUGCCGCGCAGGCGCAGGCACCAGAGACACCCAAUGACCACAAAUACGGAGAGCAGACGCCGAGAAACUGGCCUGAUCUCGCUUCGGAGAGCAUUCCACCGUCCGUCGGAGUCAAGUACUCUUCUACGUCAAAGGCAGUAGGGAAGGCAAUGCCCACUACAACUGACAACCUCGCCGAUUCUCACAGAAAGUCCAAGACGGAAUUCAACUCGCUCCCUUCCGAGCUUCUUCACAUGAGCCUGGGGCUUACCAGCGGGCCUGAUACCGGAGCCCAGGCCCACAGAAAGUCGUCGACCGAGUUCAAGGAGGUUGUAUCAGAUAUGCGAGAGGAUGUUGGCCCGCUCGACUUCGAUCUCCAGGAGCCCGCCAACACUCCUUCUGAGGGACGCAGAGACGAAGAUAGAAGGACGACCGGCCAGUUGUGGAGGAAGCCUGAGUCACGGGACUCAGCGCAGCUUUGGAAGUCAAAUAGUCGGUAG